AUGGCCGUUGCUACCGCCGCCGCAUACGGCGGUUAUGUUCCCUCCAAAUUUCUUCAUCCACCACUCAAAAUCACCUGCAAAAGAUCUCCGACACCGCCGCUGUAUAUAUCCACCGAUUCAUCACACGUCGACCUCCGGCACCUCCAAGAGCUUUACGCUCUCUGCAACCACUCCUGCCACCGGUUCCCCAACUUCGACUCCCACGGCCGCGUCGAGCCUGUCGAUAACAAUAAGCUCCGCACGGCUUUGGUUAACAGUUCCGUCGUCGUUUCGGUUUUCACCAAACCGGAAUUCAUCUCUAACUUGCCUUCCAGUGCUGAACUAGUAAUUGAAUCAAUGGGCAUUGGUGGAAAGUGGAUUCAGAAGGUGAUCAUGCCGGUGACGCCGGACAACGGUCGUCUUGUGGGGUUCGGCCGUGCUGUAUCGGAUUUGGGAUUAACUGCCUCUAUACAUGAUGUGAUGGUGAUCCCUGCUCUCCGAGGAAGAGGAAUCGGCAGGAGGAUUGUUCAGAAAAUCAUAAGAUUGCUCGCCAGCAGAGAGGUAUAUGAUAUAUCUGCCCUUUGUUCUGACCAAGAGAGGUUAUUCUUUACGGCAUGUGGAUUUGGAGAUGACAUUCUGAAUUCCACCACAAUGAUGUACACUGGCGCAUCUAGCUGUCCAGAGGCAGAGCAGAUGGUUGUAUACGCUGGGAAAAGGAUCCUGUCAUUUCCCCCAUCAAGAGAAUAA